AUGUCAGGCUUGGAACGAGAAGCAAUUGGUGAGUGGACUGCUGUAGGUUCAUGCAAAUCUACUACGACUGGCGGGAAAGUGCCGAUUGUUGUCGUGUGUGAUGAAUGUGGAGAGGGAUUUUGUUUGAGACAUCGCCACGCAACUGAUCACAGAUGUCCGUCGAUAAAUGCAGCCUCCAAAGAGACAGCUGAGCGUCGUGCGAGGAUAGACGAGAUUUUAAAACAAAUUCGGAAUAAUGCGAGUAGAGGUGCUUCUAGUAGUACGGCAGUGACAUCCAAAAUCAAUAAUAAGCCAAAAAAAUCUAGUAAACUCGUUGAAUUGAUGAAAAUGAAAUCAAAGGCUACGGGAGACUCCUCAAUUCCACGUGAAUCACGACUUUACCUGAAUGUUAGUUUUCCUAAAGAUACGAAUGUUGCGACCAAGCCUAUGUUUUUUGAUAAGUCAUGGGUGAUCGGAAAGGUGCUUGAUAAAAUCGCUACUGCUGGUAAGAUUAGAAACGUGAAUAACAAAAUGGAUGUUAGUAAGAACGAGAGACUUAUUUUGGUUGAUCAAGAAACAAAUUCCGUUCUCAACAUGGAUGACAGACUGGGAGAUGCAAUUGAAAGUGGCGGGGAAGUGUUGUUAGAACGUGAAGGAACUGUUAAUCAGUGA